AUUCCAUGAAAAAUAAAGAAGAUAAAACAGAAAAAACAAAAUCGAAAAUUUUGUUGCAUGAACACACACCAACCUGUGGUCUCCCCUUUUCCCUUUGUUAUUUUUAGCUCUUCCCGGCUAAUUAUCUCAUCCUUUUCUUCACAUUCAACCAUUCUAUUAUUUUCCAAUUAUUACAUUCAACCACUCCGACUCUUUUUUGUAUAGGAAAUUUGGUCUAUCCAUAUAUGGCCAGUGACGGUGGUGGUGGUGGGGCUGGCAGUGGUGCCGCUGAUGAAACCUUGUUGACGCCUUUGUCUUCUCCGAAGAACAGGGUGAAGUUUUUGUGUAGCUAUGGCGGGAAAAUAUUGCCCAGAGCCGUUGAUGGUAGCCUCAGGUACGUGGGUGGCGAGACACGUGUCGUUGCUGUGCCUCGUGAAAUCAAUUUCUCCGAGCUAAUGAAGAAGAUUGGCACAAUGGUUGAAGGAGAAAUUGUUUUGAAAUACCAGCUGAUUCCUGAGGAUCUCGAAUCCCUUGUAUCCGUCCGAACUGAUGAAGAUUUGAGGCACAUGCUGGAGGAAUACGAUCGUCAUCAAGAUACAGAAGGCAAUCCCAAGCUGAGAACCUUUCUCUUCCCUUCAAAUCCUGUUAUAAUCGAAAGCCAAACUGGUUCCAUUGAUCCCCAAGCUAUCGACCAACGCUACAUCGAUGCCAUCAAUGGCAUUGUCCGUACAACCGGUCAAUGGAAACUCCCUCCUAUAAAAGCCACUCGUUCAAUCUUCAGCAUUUCCUCAGCGUGUUCGUCUCCAAAAUCCACCUCCCCGGAGGGCAUUGCUGUUGAUUCUUUCCCUUCUGAUCUCACGAUGAAAAUGGAAGGGUACCAGAGCAGUAGGCUUCCUAUGCACAAGGUUAAAAGCUCGCCGAGUCUGUGUAGUUUGGGCGGCGGCAGUGUCAGCGGCAGCGGUUUCCAUGGCGGGUGCAGCCACCAUUGCCACCAACUUCCAUAUCAUUUUCACGCGAACCCUCAGCAUCAGCCACAGCAACAGCAGCAGGCGUCAUACGUGCACGGUUACCAGGUUCACAGGCCGCCGAAUGUGUCGUUGACGCAGGCCGACUUCCAGAGGCCACCGCCGGUGGGGCAUGGGCAACAGCCAUUCUUCGCAAGAAGCAGCUCAACAAGUAGAAGUCUUUUAGGAAUUGGGAGUUAUAGUAAGUAUGGAAUUGAUGAGGCAGCAGCUUAUGGAAUUAGGAGGCCUCAGAGAGCAGGUAGUGUUCCACUUAGUCCAAAGAAGGGAAGAGUAAAUGAAUAAAAGACAUUAGUUGAUAAUAUGGAUCAGAUUAAUUAGCAAAUCGAUGGAUGAAGAUAGGAUGAGUACUGCCUUUUCUUUGUUCAAUAUUUUCAGAUUCUUUCUCUGUGAAUGUUUUUCGCUGUGGUAUAAAUGGCUGCUUUGCUUUGUCCAUUCAAUAGGCUCAAUGGAUUUCGAUCGUCCGUAAAUUUUAUUUAUAUACACACUGUAAUACAAAAUGAAA